UUUACGGGCGGGAAGAGUGAACGAGGCUGCCUGUCGAAGCUAGUAGCUUUAAAUCCAGCACUUUUCUUUUAAUUCUCCGUGCAAGCCUGCCAUUUAUUCGUUUUUAAAUGUUUCUAGAGUUGCAACUUGUAGUGGAUACGCUUUAAACGGAACAUUAAUUAUUUUUUGUACGGAGCAGAUGGAGGAUCCUCUCGCAGAUUCUGGCGGCGGUGGCGGCGAUGUAUCAACGCUGGGCCCCGCGGUGCAGGUGACGGAUGUCUGCUACACGUUUGGGACGCUCCCCUGUCGGCUUCUGGAGUGGAAAGUCAAACCUGGCUCUCACGUCAAUGUGGACUCCGUGUUGGCGCUCUGUGUCCCCAUCAGGGCAGCGACGACCAGGCUACCGGAGAAGAAGGUGAAGUCGGACCGCGCGGGAGUCGUGAAGGAGCUGUGCUGUCACCCCGGACAGGUCAUACAGCCUGGGGGUGUCAUCGUCAGAAUAGCAGGAUGCAGCCACCCCAUAGUGAUGAAAGGCUUAUGUGCUGAAUGUGGCCUGGACCUGACUCAACUGCAGAGCACAAAUGGAAACCAGCAAACUCCCAUCUCCACGGCAACAGUCUCCAUGGUGCACAGUGUGCCCGAGUUGAUGGUCAGCUCUGAGCAAGCAGAGCUGCUUGGCCGGGAGGACCAGCAGAGGCUGCGCCGCAACAAAAAACUGGUCCUGAUGGUGGACUUGGACCAGACUCUCAUCCACACCACCGAUCAACACUGCCAGCAAAUGUCAAAUAAGGGCAUUUUCCACUUCCAGCUGGGGCGAGGAGAGCCGAUGCUCCACACGCGACUACGCCCGCAUUGCAAGGAAUUCCUGGAGAAAAUUGCCAAACUGUACGAGUUGCACGUUUUCACAUUCGGAAGUCGUCUUUAUGCACACACCAUUGCGGGCUUUUUAGACCCUGAAACAAAGCUGUUCUCACAUCGAAUCCUUUCAAGAGAUGAAUGCAUCGACCCCUAUUCCAAGACAGGCAACCUUAGGAAUCUUUUCCCCUGUGGGGAUUCAAUGGUCUGCAUCAUUGAUGACCGUGAAGAUGUGUGGAAGUUUGCGCCCAACCUCAUCACUGUGAAGAAAUACGUCUACUUCGAGGGCAUCGGGGAUAUGAACGCACCGCCCGGCUCGCAGGAAGCUCUCAUGGCCAAGAAAGGAAGCCCACCAUGUCGCCCAGCAGAGAGCACAGAAGCAUUAGAGGCCCCCGGUGCAGACGAGCACAAUAACAGCCUCAGGAAAAAGCCAGUAAACGACGGCACAGCGGAGUCUCGGUGCUCUCAGGGAGUCCCCACAAAUGAACGGACACAUCCCGCUGGGCCUGCACAGGACGAGGCGUUGAUAAGUAAACCUUUAGAGGCUGACGAGGAGGCAUCUGAGGCCACAUCGAAGAAAACCCAGGGGGGUGAUAGCCAAGAAAAUAGUAAAGAGGAGAGUGUUGGCAGAACAGGUGAUGCACAGGACAGUGCAAACUCGUUAACAGCAGUCAGUGAGUCCAAUAAUCUGGACUUUGACCUUUCCAGUGACAGCGACAGUGAAUCCAUAAGAGAAAAGACAACCUCAGCGGACGGUGACAGUGAGGUCAGUCAGGAAAAGAAGUCUGAGCAUGAAGCAACCUCACAAGAUGGCGGAGAAGAGACAGAAGAUAAAGCCCAAAGUGAAGCACGAGCAAGUUCUGACUCAGCAGAACAUUCGGACGUUCUUCUCCCUGAGCUUGGGAACGGCUGCUCAGACAGGAGGGAACCCGAAACCGAGUCGCAGAAUAGCGAACAAUCUGGGGUGACCAUGGGGGAGGAGCUCCUGGACCAGAGCAUGGAGGACGAGGAGGAAGAGGAAGCAGACAACGACAAGGACGAUCACCUCAUCUACCUGGAAGAAGUGCUGGAGCGCAUCCACACGGAGUACUACGCCCGCUAUGAGACCUUCCUGAAGAAGGAGGUGCCCGACACGCCGGACAUUCGCAAGAUCGUUCCUGAGCUGAAGAGCAAGACCUUAGAGGGCACCACAUUAGUGUUCAGUGGAUUGUACCCAACCAACUACCCAUUUGAGAGGACUCGGGAGUUCUACCACGCGAAGGCACUGGGGGCAAAGAUUGGCAAGAAUUUGGUUCUGAACUCACAAGAACCCAAUGGAACAACACACCUCAUUGCAGCAAAAUCUGGCACAGAGAAGGUCCGUCAGGCAUUGGCGUGCAAGCAUCUCCACGUGGUUAACCCCGACUGGCUGUGGAGUUGUCUCGAGCGCUGGGAGAGGGUGGAGGAGACGCUCUUCCCGCUAAAGGAGGACUACUCCAAGCAGACACGGAGCAACAGCCCAGCAGCUUUCCUAUGGGGCUCCCGGCUGAAGCCUCAUUUCCAGCAACCCCCUCUGAUCCAACACAGACCUCCACCUCCGCCUCCCGAGGUUCGAACCUAUGACCGCGUCACCGGGAAGCUGAUUCGCAGGGCCCCUCGGGCAUUGCCGGCAGCGCCUUACCUCCAGACGUCGGGUUCUUCUCUGUCUGAUCAACAUGAGCUAACGUGUCUCAGGGGAACGCCAAAUAGUCAACAAGACGUAGCAGCGGGACCCAGCCAGGAAGACAAGUCAUUAGGGCCGGCACGUCGGGAGCCUAGCUUGUCGGAAACGAUGCCGCUAUAUACGCUUUGCAAGGAGGAUCUAGAGAGCAUGGAUAAAGAGGUGGAUGACAUCCUGGGUGAGGAGAGCGACAACGAGAGUGAGGGACGAGGGAAAGAGAAAGCGGGUAAUGAGGUGGAGGACGAGCAGGAACAGCCGCAAGGAGCCGGACCCCUAACAGGAGGAGGAGAAGGAAGAGGAGGUGGCCCUCAGGAGCUGAAAGUGGAGGAAGAGGUCCAAGCGACAUCCAGUGGGACUACUUUGUCAAGGGGCCACAAACGAAAGCACGACGACGCCAAGGAAGACGACAACGAGGCUGACGAGUCCUCCAAAGAGGAGGAGGAAGAAGAAGGAGAAGAGGAGGAGGAGGAGGAGGAGGAGGAGGAGGAGUGCAGCUCCUCCGAGGCUGAUGAGAUGGUGGCGGCGUUGGAGGCGGAGCUUAAUGACUUUAUGUGACGUGGGACGCUGACAAGCUGUAAUUAUUCUGAAAACAACCAUGAAUGUUCUGUACAGUAUUGCUGUGUUUUGUAGCAUUAAUAUUCAUCCUGAUAGCCCCCCCUUUUUUGUUAGGUGGGCAUCCAAGCAGUUAUUUUAUGGUGAAGAAAAUAAAUUGUUAAAAAAAAAAAAAAAA